AUGUCUACUCAGAACAUUAAAAAUAAGAACGCGAGUAUAACUGUACGGAGGCUUAAUAAUCCAUCUCACCUUAAGGGUCAAAGUAAUAUUACCGAUUUUUGCAUUACUGACUUGAAGGUUAUAUCAGAAAAUGCCGAGCCACGUGGGAUAGCAUCAUUAGAGGAAUGCCAUCAACUCGUAUCACCCUCCUUCAUUCCUUAUCUCGAAGCAGCUUUGCCAUUUAAAAGCAUCCACACCUCAGCUGCGUCUUUUGGGGGUGCUUGGUUUUGGGAAGGUUACCGACACGCACUUUUCGGAGAGGAUAUUAUCUACCAUCUAGGUGGCUCCAGCAAUAGCCUUAUGGAGGAUAGAAUAGAUUCACAGAAAGAACUGCGAAAUCAGCUGAUGUCACAGAAAGUGUCGACCAAUACCACCAUAAAUAAACAGCCUUCAGCUACGGAUCGAAUCUGGCUACACGGAUCAGCAAAACUUGAAGUAAUGUACGCUAUCGCACUUUCGAUAGCAUUGCACACUUCUCAUCAACCUCUAAUGGACCAGGCUGAUGGUCCCCACGCGCUUAUCUUGUGUGCUUCUAAGUAUCAAUGCGAUGAGAUGGCAUUUAUUCUUAAUCAGUUCUGCGAUGAGCUUCAUCUUGUAGUGCACAAUCUGUUCGAGCCUUUCCCUUCAAUACCUUCAUCCCAGCGAGCUGAUGUGGUGGUGGGUACUCCCCCGCUGUGGGAUAGCGUGGCAGAGCUGGGGAAAGCAUGGGAUCGCAGAGGUUUGGAAGGGAUAAUAAGUAACAUACAUGGUGGUAGCCCACCACCUACAUAUACUUUGAGCAAAUGGAGACCUUACUCUAUUCGAAACGUGUCACAACUUGCUCUUUUUGACUUAGAGUUGCAAAUUAAUAUUGGGUUUGGGCGCAUGUUAGUUCAAAUUCUGACUACGUCUGAUUCGAAUCUUGUUCCAGAUUCUUCUCUACUUCCACUUCGUUGCCAAACAUACUCAGUCUUUGGAGGUGAUCGUCCAGUUUAUGAUGUUGAUCUCAAUUUCACGCUGUUGGAAAUCCUUCGAAGUCGAGGAAAACGAAAUGAGGAAAAAAUUUCAGAAAUAUCAAUUCAAAGCUCGGUCUGCUUUACAUCUCACACAAAAAAACGCCUUAGGCUAGAAGAACCUACUCUACCGUCCCCGCUUCCAUCUAGGAAGAUUCUAUCAAGCGGUUUGCUAAUCAGAAACGCAGUUUCGUUUUCUCGACUUCUUGUUGACAGUAAUGCAUUUCAAGAUUUCGUUGAUGGUAUUUUAGACAAGGCAGCACAGUUUUGGAUUAAUUUUGAUCCUUUACAAACAGAUGAAGCUAUGAAAGACAGUGCAACGGGAAGGAAUCUGAGGUCGGGCUUGUAUCGCUAUAUCAAAUGCAUUCCAGUAUUUGUUUGCACAACCGAACCGGAGGCUGGACUUCGAGUUCAGGAGAUGUGUACUUUACUCAUUCCCGAAGAAAGGAGCAAGAAUGAGGACGACAUGGUCACAAUGAAAAGUUCUCGAUAUAGUCUUCUUUUUAGUCAUCUUGAAGAGCAAUUAAAUGGUGAAUUGUUUGACGGUAGUGUUGUUUCAUGUGUAAACUUUGAAGACAUUCUGUUUCGGAACUAUCAAUAUGAGUUCGUAUCAGUUGAGGGACAAACUAUGGGUACGGUUGAUCUCUUUCAAGGCUAUUUUAGUGAACUGAAUAUGGCGCAAUUCUUGUUGACGACUCAUGUUGCUCAUAAGGAUGAUGAAUACAUUAAAGAAGUAUCCCGAAUAGAUUUAUUUCGAAAUCAUUCAUGGAUAUUACUGCAUUCUAAUUCUGAGGUCACAUUUGACAUAUUGACGCCAUCAGGCAAUGAGUUUGAGUGUAUCCCGAGUUAUGCGUGCUUAACUCCGGUGCAUAUAAGACAUACCUUUACCGUUGUGGUUUUACGUAAUGUGGCAAAAUCUAUAGAAGCUCUCUGUCGCUGUCAAGCUUCAAUACGCAAUGAAGAAUCGGAACGUAUAUAUAUAAAACCUUUUGCACUCUUUUUGCUAGAGGAAUGUUGUCAAUAUGGGCGUGUGGUCUCGUACUACUGUUUUGAGCAAGAUAAAGUGGGUCGUUCCCCGGAUAGUUCCGGUGCUGCCUCAUCUUAUGAAAGUGGUGAAGAGAUAUCAGAAGAAAGUUUCAAGCAUAGUCCCACUGAAGCAGAAAACAGAGAAUCAAGGCUUGCCAUAGUUAGACGUACAUCUACAGCAAAAACAGCAACAAUAUUUAUAGAGUUCGAAUCCCAUGAUUCUGCACUAGAAGCAGUUCGGUUGCUGCGAGAACGUUUUCAUUCCUACACAGCGUCUGAAAAAAACAAUGAUGAGAUGCUUAGUCCCAGAGUACAUUUGUUUCGCAAUACGACGUAUUACAGCGGUGUCGAACAAGACCUCAAACAAAAGAAAAAAAUUCAGACUGCAUCGCAUGAAGAAGGACAUGAGAACGAUAUACUUGAUUUCUGUUUCUUACAGAGUAGAUAA